GGGGGGGGGGGUGGGGGGUGAUUGCUGGUCGUUUGUUGUGGCUGUUAAAUUUUAAACUGCCAUGCACUCGGCUUCCAGUAUGCUGGGAGCCGUGAAGAUGGAAGGGCACGAGCCGUCCGACUGGAGCAGCUACUAUGCCGAGCCGGAGGGCUACUCAUCGGUGAGCAACAUGAACGCUGGCCUGGGCAUGAACGGCAUGAACACCUACAUGAGCAUGUCGGCGGCCGCCAUGGGCAGCGGCUCCGGCAACAUGAGCGCAGGCUCGAUGAACAUGUCGUCGUACGUGGGAGCCGGCAUGAGCCCGUCCCUAGCCGGCAUGUCCCCCGGGGCGGGCCCCUAUGCCAACAUGAACUCCAUGAGCCCCAUGUACGGGCAGGCGGGCCUGAGCCGCGCGCGCGACCCCAAGACGUACCGGCGCAGCUACACGCACGCCAAGCCGCCCUACUCGUACAUCUCGCUCAUCACCAUGGCCAUCCAGCAGAGCCCCAACAAGAUGCUGACGCUGAGCGAGAUCUACCAGUGGAUCAUGGACCUCUUCCCCUUCUACCGGCAGAACCAGCAGCGCUGGCAGAACUCCAUCCGCCACUCGCUCUCCUUCAACGACUGCUUCCUCAAGGUGCCCCGCUCGCCCGACAAGCCCGGCAAGGGCUCCUUCUGGACCCUGCACCCCGACUCGGGCAACAUGUUCGAGAACGGCUGCUACCUGCGCCGCCAGAAGCGCUUCAAGUGUGAGAAGCAGCUGGCCCUGAAGGAGGCCGGGGGCGCCACGGGCGGGGGCAAGAAGGGGCACCACCCGGGGCUGCCGCCCGAGGCCCACCUGAAGCCCGAGCACCACUACGCCUUCAACCACCCCUUCUCCAUCAACAACCUCAUGUCCUCGGAGCAGCAGCACCAUCACAGCCACCACCACCACCAGCCCCACAAAAUGGACCUCAAGGCCUAUGAACAGGUGAUGCACUACCCGGGCUAUGGUUCCCCCAUGCCGGGAAGCCUGGCCAUGGGCCCAAUCACGAACAAAGCGGGCCUGGAAGCCUCGCCCCUGGCCGCGGACACCUCCUACUACCAGGGGGUGUACUCCCGGCCCAUUAUGAACUCCUCUUAAGAGUGCUGUGGCCCGGCUAGCCCAGACAAGAGAGAGGAAGUGGGGGGCAGGGGGGGGAGAGACUUUGAGGUAGGGGUGUUGGAGAGAUGCAAGGGAGAAGACAUCCAAGACACUCCCACCCCCAGGACAGCAGUCUCCCCUCACCCUCUGCAGCUCUUCCCUCCCAGAUGGGCCACACUGAUAUGUAUCAUUCAUUCUAUAUAAGGAGGGAAAGGGGACAAAAAGAUAAAGUCAAAAAAGACAGAAGGAAAAAAGCCCCCCGGUUUCCACUACUAUGUAGAUGCCUGCUUCUGGAAGCAUCCUAGAAUUCUGACUUUUGUUAUCACUCUCCUCCAUUGCUGCUGUUGCAGGGAAGUCUUACUUUAUUUAAAAAACAAACAAACAAACCCACACAAAAAACCCUCUAUAAAAAAACAAAACAAAAAAAAUCCCACAAACUUUUUGUGACUCAGUGUAAAACAAUGUAGUUUUAACAAAGAACCAGAGAGUUGUGCUAUUGUUUAAAAAAGAGAUAAAAAAAAUGAUGUAAGGGUCUGUUGUUAAUGACCAAGGGGGGGGAAAUGCAUUCCUGUUCUUGAAACAGUGAAAUCCAGGUCUCGGGUCUGAUUAAUUUAUGCUUUCUGAGUGCUUUAUUUAUGGCUUAUAAAUAUGUGUUCUGGCUGCAAGGACCAGAGUCUCACAAAUCUAUAUUAAAGUGUUAUU